GACUAAAAGUAUUGCUUUCUACAGCUUCAUGCAUCACAUCCACACCCAAAACUACACUUCUCGCCCUUUUAUCAUAAUAAACUCUGCGACCUGACCUCGAUGUUUUAGUAGUACAUGACCCAUUCGCUUCUCAAAGUCUCGUAGCGACAUCAUUAUGAAAUGCAAAAUUUCCUUCCAUCUCAUCGCUAUUUCAUAUCCCACAUCCCCAUUUCCUGAAAACCUAAACCACAACUCUAUCACACAAGAAACAAAAUUCACGAACCUCCUCAUGAUCCUCCGUCCCCGAUUCAAAACAAUAUCUCCAACCCCAAUCUCAACCCCGACCGAUCCAGACCGUAAAAAAAAUCUCUCAGACAACCAACAUCAUCGGCCUAUCUUUUGACCACAGGCGGCGAUUCAAUAUCUAGGAUUUGUGUGCAGAGAUGUUUACCUCUAUUUUAAUCUUUUUCGUUUAGUGAUCUUUGAUAUUUUUUUCGACUACAAAAUUUCAGAAGGUUUGGGAAGAAUGUCAGGUAGUACUGUCUCUAGUCGUUCAUCAUCAUCAUCUACAUCAUCUCGGCGAUACAGUAAUGGUACACCUGCGAGUUCGGUGACUUCGAGUGGACGACCUAGAGGGUAUAGAGGGGGUGGUCAUGAAAUCGCGAGAUCAGCUGCUGUAGAACAAGUCAGAGAGGAUGGAUAUGAGGAGGAUAGUGAGGGCGAAGAUUUAAAUGAGGAGGGAGAGAAUGAGGAAGAUGGAGAUGAAGAAGGAGAAGAGAGCGAAGACGAGGAUGAGGAUGAUGAGGAUAAGAAAAAAGUGAGAUCGUCCUCGAGAACGCAGCGUGCCAGACCUUCUAGACGAAGAAGAGGAGGAGGAAGGAGAAGAAGAAGAGGGGGAGGAGGAGGUACUUCCAAUCGCUCAUCAGCAAGUUCCUCUCGAAGAUCCCACGACCCAUCGAGAAAGCAUGGGAGGGGAAAGAGAAGCGAGAGAAGCGAGAAAAGCAAGAAGGGUGAGCGCAGAAGAAAACCCAAAACGAAAAAUGGAGAAGGAUCGGGAUUUUGGAGAAAAGUGAGGAGUGUAUUGGGAAGAGUGACGGGGUCGCCUCGUAGAAAACGAAUUGUCUGAUUCGCUGGGAAUGAAUGGAGGAACGGAAGGAGUUUGAAAAUUUGUAUUGUAGAGAUUAUUGGCCGAACA